AUGGAAAUGAAAUGAUUUAUGAUGUAUGGUUUUUGUACGAUUUUAAUAAAAACCCUUAAAUCAGAACCAAGCAAACCGCUCGCAAAUCCACCAGGUGGCAAAGCCCCCAGGAAGCAGCUCGCCACUAAGGCUGCUCGCAAGAGCGCCCCGGCCACCGGCGGUGUGACGAAGCCUCACCGUUACAGGCCCGGCACCGUGGCUCUGAGAGAGAUCCGUCGUUACCAGAAGUCCACUGAGCUGCUCAUCCGCAAGCAGCCCUUCCAGCGCCUGGUCAGAAAAAUCGCCCAGGACUUCAAGACCGACCUGCGCUUCCAGAGCUCCGCCGUGAUGGCCCUGCAGGAGGCUAGCAAGGCUUACCUGGUCGGCCUGUUCGAGGACACCAACCUGUGCGCCAUCCACGCCAAGCUGGUGACCAUCAUGCCCAAGGACAUCCAGCUGGCCCGCCGUAUUCGCGGAGAGCGCGCAUAAAUGAGGAUGACCUGAUCUCCAAAAUCCCCCAAAGGCUCUUUUAAGAGCCACCUCCAUAUUUCCAUCAAAAAGGCACAAUUGUUCCAUGUAUACACGCACCUCUACAUUAACCACCAUGUAUGUUGUUCACUAACAUGUCUAAAAGCUACGUAUUCUACCUUUUAGUUGCCUGAAUUCUAGCUUCAAUGUUUGUGUGUGUGUAUAUACAACCAUCUGGCAUCAUCCACUUCCUUUGAACUAUAGUAGCACAGUAAAAUGCUUUACAAACGAGGGGGAAAAGAAACAAGUGAUAAUAUAGGCCGAAUAGUAACAACAUUUGUGUUCAGAUGAAUAAUUGACACUAUUAGUUGUGUGUAAUAAUAGCCUUGCAUGCAGUCCAGAAAAAACAUUGCAUGCCAACUGACUUUGAAAGUCCCAUGUUGCAGUGCUGCUGAGAGACUCAUGCAGAGGCCAAAACUUUACAGUGGAGCACGGAGGCCAUCUUGUGGUUUAACUCGGGUACUGCCCAUAUCUGCGCACAUCAUGGGGAGUCCCUUUUAGUAUUAGCUCUUUAGCCCAGCGUUUCCCAAACGCGGUCCUGGGGUCCCCAAGGGGUGCACGUUUUGCCCUAGCACUCCACAGCUGAUUCUAAUACUCCCAGCUUGAUGAUGAUGAGUUGAUUAUUUGAAUCAGCUGUGUAGUGCUAGGGCAAAAACUCCCAAAACGUGCCCCGAGUUUGGGAAACCCUGCUUUAGGCUAAUACUAGCCUAUUAGGAUGACUUGGUUUGAUCGCUUUAAUGCCAACUGCUGAACUCUGGUUCACUAAUUAGUUGUCCCAGGUGACCAUUAUGAAUCCAAUAGCAAAACAAAUGUUUCUAAAUUGCUCUUUGAAUGUAACAUGCUACAGUCUGUCAAUUACACUGUGGAAAUCACAUUUCCAUCAUUCUUAUCCCAUGUCAUCAUUGAAGACGUGUCACAAUCAUUGACGGAAAAAGUCCAUGUAUUCAUCAGAUAAUUACAACAUAGAUGUCCUGUAAUCAAAUGACACAAAUGGAAUGAAUGAAACAAACCGAACGUUUAGCAGGCACUAGUUUGCAUCAAGCCUGUCUUGAGCAUUUUGACAUAGGUGUGGAUUUGAUGUCAUUGCAUGCCUCAUCCGUGGCCUGGAGGAGGGUGGCACGCUCAUGGGGAUGGCAAUCACACACACCUUCCACCUGUAUUGCAUUUCACAGUAUUGUGUGGCUCAGGUAUUCAGCGCAUGUCACUAGCAACACCAUAGUUGUGGGUUGGAUCCCCACUGGGGUCACAUGCUAAAAGUUAUGGACUCACUGUUGUCACUUGGGAUAAAAGCGCCAGCUAAAUCAAAGCUAUAGGAUAUAAAGGUAGGGCAUUGGCCAAUGCCAUUUCCGAAAAGCAGUGUGAACCCCCCCGAAGGAGAAGUUGACUAUUCAAAUAGAGCUACCCAAACAUUUAUUGGAUGUUGCAAAGUUUUGCUUUCACCCAUGGUUCCUAUAGGGAGUCAAAAAAGGGCAGGAAACAAUGGGUUCUCAGCAAUAUUUCACCAACAACCAAUCACUAUUCAAGCAUAGACAUUAGGAUCAUCAACAAAUAUUCCUAAGUCAUACUACAAAAGGGUUGUAACGAAAUGGAUUUGUCUGUUCAAUGCAAGUUCAACGUCAAAGAAAAAGUGCAUCACCACAACAAACGUGUCUUUAGAUACACUGUAAAAAAUUACUUUGUGGAAUGUACUCAAACUAUUACAGUCAACAAAAGCACACGUCAUAUUAUUGAUUAGAUAUUUUUGCUUGUUUUUAUGAGUAGAUAAGCUUGAGUAAGUUGUUUAGAUGUGGUCCAAUACAUUGAGUAAAGAUGAUAGAAGUAAAAAUUAUUAUAUUACGUUGAUUCAAUUCAAAUAGAUCCAUGACAUUGUGUUCUUUUACCUGAAUGAUUCAUCCUAUUAUGUACUCAAUGUUACAUGAUGUAUUCAUUUAGACCAACUCAGAAAAGGUUCACAUUUUUACUUUGGAUUCACUCAAUCAGAUCCCUUAAGAGAAAAGGUAUCAGGACACCGGGAAUCCAUUUAUUUAAACAUCAACGGUUUGCAAAACAUCUGUUAUUAUGAGUUGACAAAUUACGGAAUUGCAAACAACACUGCAGGUAAGUCCUGAUUGCUAUAGGUAGGCAAAACCGUAGAAAUAGGACCUAGAACACUAACUAGUAUAGGAUCUCUGUGGGCAGAACAUUUACUUACGAGAGAUAAAAUGGAGCUUCAACCCCAUAGACGUCAUGGGGAACAAAAUAUUCUCAUAGUAACCAUGGAUAACUACUGAAAUGGAGGCUCAAAUAGCUUGUGUUUGCACUGUGGGAUAUUUUUCAAACAACAAUGUUGCCUACAAGGCCAAAAUAAUUAAAGACGUGACAACCCCAAUAAUCAAAACACAUUUACUCGUUUGUUCCUAUAACAUUUAUCUGUUCACGAGCACUGUUGAUGGAUGCCACCUAUAUUACUUUGGUCAUUUUUGCUUUAACCCAUGAAUGUUGUAGUUGCGCCUUUUUUCAACAGUUCCCAAUAGAAAUCUGUUUAAAAUAAACUACAAGGUUUUGCAGUAGACUUUUGCAAAUUGUUUCCCCGGCGUGAUUGAUUGAUUUGCAAAUAUUCGGUGUGUGAUUGCAAUGAGCAUUGCCAAUGUAUGCUUGCAAUGCAAGCAAAUAUGUUAUGGAAAUAUGGAAAUGGAAAUAAUGCAAUGAAAUGAUUAUGAUGUUGUAUGGUUUUGUUACUAUUUUAAUUAUAAAAACCCGUAAAUCAAACCAAGCAAACCGCUCGCAAAUCCACAGGUGGCCAGCCCCCCCCCCCCAGCAGGGAAGCAGCUCGACAAUAGGCUGGCUCGCAAGAAGAGCGCCACGGCCACCGGCGGUCUUUUUUUUUUUUUUUUUGUGACGAUAGGCCUCACCGUACAGGCCCGGCACCGUGGGCUCUGAGAGAGACGUCGUUUAUUACAGAGUCCCACUGAGCUGCCUCAUCCGCAAGCAGCCUUCCAUCGCCUGGUCAGAAAAACGCACAGGCUCAGACGACCUGCGGCUUCCAGAGCUCCCUUUGAUGGCCCUGCAGGAGGUGCAAGGCUACCUGGUGGGCCUGCGAGGACACAACCGUGCGCCAUCCACGCCAAGUGGUGCCCAUAUCCCCAAGGAAUCCAGCUGGCCCGCCGUAUUGCGGGAGCGGCAAAAAAAGGGAUGCCCGAUCCCCAAAAAACCCCCAAAGGCUUUUUUAAGAGCCACCCCUUUUUUCCCAUCAAAAAGGACAAUGUUCCAUGUAUACCGCAUCUACAUUAACCACCAGGUAGUUGUUACUAACAUGCCCAAAAGUAGUAUUUCCCUUUUAUUUGCUGAUUCUAGCUUAAAUGUUUGUGGGUUGUUUUUAAAAAACCCAUUUGGCUUUACCACUUCCUUUAACUAUAGUGACAGAAAAAAUGUUUUUACAAACGAGGGGGAAAAGAAACAAGUGAUAAUAUGGCCCGAAUAGUAAAAAACUUUGUGUUCAGAUGAAAAAUUUGACCAUUAGUGGUGUAAAAAAAUAGCUUGCAUGCGUCCAGAAAAAAACAUUGCAUGCCAACUGACUUUGAAAGUCCCAUGUUGCAGUGCUGCUGAGAGACUCAUGCAGAGGCCAAAACUUUACAGUGGAGCACGGAGGCCAUCUUGUGGUUUAACUCGGGUACUGCCCAUAUCUGCGCACAUCAUGGGGAGUCCCUUUUAGUAUUAGCUCUUUAGCCCAGCGUUUCCCAAACGCGGGUCCUGGGGUCCCCAAGGGGUGCACGUUUUGCCCUAGCACUCCACAGCUGAUUCUAAUACUCCCAGCUUGAUGAUGAUGAGUUGAUUAUUUGAAUCAGCUGUGUAGUGCUAGGGCAAAAAAACUCCCAAAACGUGCCCCGAGUUUGGGAAACCCUGCUUUAGGCUAAUACUAGCCUAUUAGGAUGACUUGGUUUGAUCGCUUUAAUGCCAACUGCUGAACUCUGGUUCACUAAUUAGUUGUCCCAGGUGACCAUUAUGAAUCCAAUAGCAAAACAAAUGUUUCUAAAUUGCUCUUUGAAUGUAACAUGCUACAGUCUGUCAAUUACACUGUGGAAAUCACAUUUCCAUCAUUCUUAUCCCAUGUCAUCAUUGAAGACGUGUCACAAUCAUUGACGGAAAAAGUCCAUGUAUUCAUCAGAUAAUUACAACAUAGAUGUCCUGUAAUCAAAUGACACAAUGGAAUGAAUGAAACAAACCGAACGUUUAGCAGGCACUAGUUUGCAUCAAGCCUGUCUUGAGCAUUUUGACAUAGGUGUGGAUUUGAUGUCAUUGCAUGCCUCAUCCGUGGCCUGGAGGAGGGUGGCACGCUCAUGGGGAUGGCAAUCACACACACCUUCCACCUGUAUUGCAUUUCACAGUAUUGUGUGGCUCAGGUAUUCAGCGCAUGUCACUAGCAACACCAUAGUUGUGGGUUGGAUCCCCACUGGGGUCACAUGCUAAAAGUUAUGGACUCAUGUUGUCACUUGGGAUAAAAGCGCCAGCUAAAUCAAAGCUAUAGGAUAUAAAGGUAGGGCAUUGGCCAAUGCCAUUUCCGAAAAGCAGUGUGAACCCCCCCGAAGGAGAAGUUGACUAUUCAAAUAGAGCUACCCAAACAUUUAUUGGAUGUUGCAAAGUUUUGCUUUCACCCAUGGUUCCUAUAGGGAGUCAAAAAAGGGCAGGAAACAAUGGGUUCUCAGCAAUAUUUCACCAACAACCAAUCACUAUUCAAGCAUAGACAUUAGGAUCAUCAACAAAUAUUCCUAAGUCAUACUACAAAAGGGUUGUAACGAAAUGGAUUUGUCUGUUCAAUGCAAGUUCAACGUCAAAGAAAAAGUGCAUCACCACAACAAACGUGUCUUUAGAUACACUGUAAAAAAUUACUUUGUGGAAUGUACUCAAACUAUUACAGUCAACAAAAGCACACGUCAUAUUAUUGAUUAGAUAUUUUUGCUUGUUUUUAUGAGUAGAUAAGCUUGAGUAAGUUGUUUAGAUGUGGUCCAAUACAUUGAGUAAAGAUGAUAGAAGUAAAAAUUAUUAUAUUACGUUGAUUCAAUUCAAAUAGAUCCAUGACAUUGUGUUCUUUUACCUGAAUGAUUCAUCCUAUUAUGUACUCAAUGUUACAUGAUGUAUUCAUUUAGACCAACUCAGAAAAGGUUCACAUUUUUACUUUGGAUUCACUCAAUCAGAUCCCUUAAGAGAAAAGGUAUCAGGACACCGGGAAUCCAUUUAUUUAAACAUCAACGGUUUGCAAAACAUCUGUUAUUAUGAGUUGACAAAUUACGGAAUUGCAAACAACACUGCAGGUAAGUCCUGAUUGCUAUAGGUAGGCAAAACCGUAGAAAUAGGACCUAGAACACUAACUAGUAUAGGAUCUCUGUGGGCAGAACAUUUACUUACGAGAGAUAAAAUGGAGCUUCAACCCCAUAGACGUCAUGGGGAACAAAAUAUUCUCAUAGUAACCAUGGAUAACUACUGAAAUGGAGGCUCAAAUAGCUUGUGUUUGCACUGUGGGAUAUUUUUCAAACAACAAUGUUGCCUACAAGGCCAAAAUAAUUAAAGACGUGACAACCCCAAUAAUCAAAACACAUUUACUCGUUUGUUCCUAUAACAUUUAUCUGUUCACGAGCACUGUUGAUGGAUGCCACCUAUAUUACUUUGGUCAUUUUUGCUUUAACCCAUGAAUGUUGUAGUUGCGCCUUUUUUCAACAGUUCCCAAUAGAAAUCUGUUUAAAAUAAACUACAAGGUUUUGCAGUAGACCAUCAGUGAUGCAGGUAGCAUUGUGAUGUCAUAACAACCAUACUGUGCAGACAGACCCUGGUACCACACCUGCUGCUCUUUCAACCUCUAAAUGGCCACCUAUGAAAAGCCAAGUGACAUUUACUCCUGAUGUACUGACUGACCUGUUGCAACCUCUACAACCACUGUGCUUAUUAUUUGACCCUGCUGGUCAUCUAUGAAUGUUUUAACAUCUUGGAGAAAAAUGUGCCCUUAAUGGCCACGUACUGUUAUAAUCUCCACCCGGAACAGGCAGAAGGGCACCGGCCACCCCUCAGAGCCUGGUUGUUCUCUAGGUUUGUGCCUUUCUAGGGAGUUUUUCCUAGCCACCGCACUUCUACAUCUGCAUCGCUUGCUGUGUGGGGUUUUAGGCUGGGUUUCUGUAUAGCACUUUGUGACAUAUUUUGAUGUAAAAAGGGCUUUAUAAAUCCACCUCAUUGAUUGAUUGAUGGUAGAAUUGCCAAAAUACCAGUGGUGAAAGGUGUGUACCUUGAUGAAACCUCAAAAUGGUACAACGGAUUCAAAAAUCGGAAUUUCAAACCGCAACUGUAUGGGAACAAAAUAGACAUUACAGUUUACAAUGACAUCCUUCAUUAAAAACACCUAUUUGGUAUCUCUUGUAUACAAAAACACAAUGGAAAAUACUGUGGCAGUGACCCUUUAAAACACACCUUGCAGAAUAAACGUGUCUUCCUUACCCUCUAACUUCUUUAGCCUAGAUAACCGCCACGGGCCCAUCGGGGUCGGGGUCCCAGACCGCAAUGUGCUCGAGCCCCGCCUCUCGGUGACCAUCCCCCAGUAG